AUGAUGAGUUAGACUUAGCUGACAUACCAGCUCAGCAGCAUGCAGCUAGCCUAUACUGGAUGCUUUUCUUUAUGAUCAUGGUGCCCAACACAAUAACAUGGGUUAGAGGACUAUUCAAUGGCUUGCUCAGCAGAUCUAUUUUGAGACCAUGGCCAAAGCAGUACAGCUGGAGAUGCAUAGUGUUGGCAUUCAUCGAAGGAGCUGUAGAGUCAAGUCUAAUUUUUUAUGCAUUUGUCUCACUCAAUCCUAUCCUGUCGGUAGUCUUAAUGUGUGGAAUCUAUGGAUUUUCCAUGACUCAAAUCACUCAAAUAAUUGAAUUAUGUAUGAGCAAGUGCAAUAAUCAGGGUAGAUCUAAUAAUAGAAGAUGCACAUUCAAGGGCUGCAGCUGGAUAAUAUGGGCAAUUUCUUAUGUGAUGACAAGCAUCUUUAAAUUUGUUUUCAUAAUAGUACCAUUAUACUGUACUCAAAAUAAAGUGCAGAUAGAAAUCAUAAUAGUUACAAUCCUUUUAAUUGCCUUAUCAUGGAUUUGGUCUCGAAAAUUACAAAAUGUGACAUUUACAGCAAGUCAGUCCUCCAAAGAGAGAGCAAAACAGAAAUUAGAUCUGAAAACCAACGAAGUUAAAGGAAGGUGGAAAGCAAGCUUUCUGGCAGCAACUGUUCGUUUGUUGCCUUGUAUCAUAAUAGGCAACAUUGUUUUUAGGUACAAUUACAUGUUUACUUUGCAAGAGGACAAAAUGGCUAAUUACAAUUUAUUUAGUCAUCAGCUUUAUUGGAGCAAUACUUACAUUGCUAUAUUUGCCACACAUGUCAUUACAAGCUUGCUGGCUUAUGUCCUGUCGUUCUUAUCCUGUUACAUGACACUGCAUGUGUUUGGGCUAGCCUUACCAGUUCUGUUUGCUACUCCAUUAUCCAUUGCAGCUUACAUUGCUCUGAUAAAUUACGAUAUAUUUCACCUCUUUUAUUAUCAAGAUUUAGUCUUUUCGGAGUUAAAAGAAACACCAAAAUUUGGUUACAUGAUUUUAACCAGUGGCUUGCUACUAUGGUUCAGUCAGCUAAUAUCUAAUAUUAAACUUUUCACACUUAAAAAUGCUAUUCUUGCAUCAGAAGAAAAUAUAUUUGUUCGCCCGUAUUAUAACAGCAUCUUGCUCGAACAGUCACUAGCUAUGAAUCGAGAUGUCUCAUGCAAAUCAAAUGUACAAUUUAAUGGAAAUCGACAAAUGUGUACAAUGUAUGUCUGUUCCACAAUGUAUCGAGAGAAUGAAACAGAAAUGAAGCAAAUGUUAAUUUCCAUUAAACGAUUAUCAGAUUUGUACAAAAAAGAGGAAGAGAAACAAAACAGUUUCAUUAAAGCUGAUCAAUAUGAGUCUCACAUUUUUUUUGAUGGAGGUUGUCGAGAAAAUCAACUGUAUCCAUUUGCCAUUCAGUUUUUGAGUCUCAUUCCAGACACUUUAGAUGUUAAACUUAAAGAUGCUGAAAAAUGGAAAACUCCAUAUGGAUAUCGCUUUCAAUGGAAAAUAGGCACAAGUAAAAUGCCAUUUGUUGUUCAUUUCAAAGAUAACCUGAAGGUUCGAAAUAAGAAAAGGUGGAGUCAGGUUAUGUACAUGAAGUACAUUCUUGAGCAUAAAGAGAAGGGAAAGGAACUUGACAAUGUCUUUAUUCUUACUACAGAUGGUGACGUUGACUUCAAAGCAGAGUCUGCUGUUGCUCUUUUAGAUAUGUUAGCUCGUGAUCCUCAGGUUGGUGCUGUUUGUUCACGAACUCACCCUCUUGGUUAUGGCCCCAUUUACUGGUAUCAAAUAUUUGAUUAUGCAAUUGGUCACUGGCUUCAAAAAAGCACUGAGCAUAUCCUUGGAUCAGUGCUAUGUUGUCCUGGUUGUUUUAGCAUGUUUCGUUGCUCUGCUCUUCAGCAAUGUCUUGAGACAUUUUCUAGUGAGGUUGAGGAUGCCAUGGAGUUUCUCACAAAGGAUAUGGGUGAGGAUAGGUGGCUGUGCACACUUUUAAUUGAAAAGGGCUGGAGAUUAGAAUAUUGUGCUAUAUCUAAUAAUAAGACAUACUGUCCUAUGACCCCCGACGACCUCUAUAAGCAGCGCCGUAGAUGGAUUGGGUCAACUAUUGCUAAUAUUGGGCUAAUGAUCAAGAAAGCUAAAAAGAUUACUAAAAAUAAUGAAUCUAUUAAUUGGACAUUCAUCAUAUAUCAGUUAAUAGCUUUUUUUUCUACCACCCCGUCACCUGCUACAGUUAUUCUGGUUAUAGCUUCUGGUUUAACAGCAUCAUUUGGGAUUAAUAGUACUGCUGUGAUUGUUGUAACAGGGCUAGUUGCAGUGUGUUAUGGUAUUGUGUGUGUUAUCACAAGUGUAAAGACUCAAAUCAAUGUUGCUAAGGGUCUAACAGCUGCCUUUGCUAUGGUAAUGGCUAUUGUCAUAGUUGGAAUGAUAAUGGACAAAACCAAGGAACUAUUGUCUGCAUUUCAGAUGACUAAAAGUGAAAGCGCAGACUACAAUAUUUAUAGCAACAGUGGAAAAUUACUUGUUACUGAAAGUACUGUGUAUUUAGCCUUGUUUGUUAUCAUCUUCUUAACAACAGCAAUUUUACAUUUCUCUGAGGGUUUUGCAUUGAUACAUUCUUUGUGGUAUCUUCUUGGCUUACCAGCUGGUUACCUGUUCUUACUCAUUUUUUCUACAGCUAACCUCAAUGAUAGAUCAUGGGGAACAAGAGAAGCCAAGAUUAGUCUUGAAAAACCCUUUCAACUAAAAGAUAUAAAAAAUUGGUUAAAAAUAAUUUCUAAUAAAUUAAAAAUGCUUUUCAAAAGUAGAGCUCAUUACGAUUCAGAAAAAAGCACCAGUUUUGACCAAAAUUGUCAUAGUCAUGAUCCUCAUCAAAGCAAGCUUGAGGAACAAAGAGGACUUGGGGAACAAAGAGGACUUGAGGAACAAAGAGGACUUGAGGAACAAAGAGGACUUGAAGAACCAAGAGAAACAGAGAAGUGCACAUGUACAGAAUACAGUGCAGGAGAACAAGAUAAUGGAUACAAAUGGCUAAGUGAAUGGCUUAAAGUUAAUAACAGCUUGGUUUUUUUAAAAGAAUUUAUAAAGGAAGGUUAUACUCAUCAAAGUCUUGUCGUGAGGAUGACAAAAGAGGAUUUUAAAGACAUUGGGGUUAAACCCAUUGGAUUUGUUCAACGUCUAUACAAAGCUGCUCAAAAACUUCCUUGUACACCUAUUCGUUCUGGAUUGCCAAAAAAUGUUAAAGAAUGGAUCCUUGAAUAUUUGGUUAUAACAGAUUUGGAAGUUUGCUAUGUGUGUAAAUUUGAAAAAGCUGGAUAUUCUUCACAAGAAGAUGUUGAAAACCUUGCAUUUAUAACAAAAGAUGAAUUAAUGAAUACUAUAGGAGUUAGAAAGACAGCUCAUGUGAAGAGGUUCAUGGAAGGGAUUAAACUAUUAAAAGUUAUGAAUGAAGAUGAAAUCAGGCUUGCAGAGGCAACAAAUACUCUGAAGGAAAUUGAGCAAAGCACGGGACUUGAAGAGGAUGAUAAAAAAUUCUGGGAGGAAUUAGCAAAGAGUACACUAAGACCAAUACCAGAGCACUUGACUAAAAUUACAGAGCUACGUAAUAAUCUGAAGCAGCUACGUAACUACACUCUGAUUGCUCUGCUAAUAGUCAACCUUAUGUGGCUCGUCCUUCUCUCUAUUUUCACAUUUAAUGAGUUAAAAGAAGUUGGUCUAACUGCCAGUAUUCUUAGCCUGCUUUUUCUGGUUUUAUAUGGAAUCUUAAUAAUGGUCCAAUUCUUUGCAAUGAUAUUUCAUCGAGUAGUCACACUCUCCCACUACAUUGCUCGACUGAAUCAAGACAUGCCAGUUGAAAAUGAUGAAAACUCAACAGUAUAACAAUGAUAGUAGUUAGUUAGUUAGUUAGUUCAUUAGUUAGUUAGUUCAUUAGUUAGUUAGUUCAUUAGUUAGUGUGUCUCAUGUAUUAGUAUAUUGUUUUUUUGCUUCUUCACUUGAGUAUUAUUAUUUGCUGUCAAAUCAGUUAAGACCA